AUCAUCAUCGAUAGCUUCCGUGGCUCGAGCACGCGUGCCUCGAGCUCUCGCGCGUGUCUCGUGACUGCACGAGAACCGUGUGCAAGCGGAACGUCGGACGCUGCCCACGGCAUCGGCCUGCGAAAGAAAAGCAAAUGUCUCGCAACACACGUCGCCGUUCUCUUCGCUCGUCGUCGCCUGUCCGUUCCGAGGUCCACCCCGUCCGCGACGUGGAUUGGCGAACUGCCGCGGCGAUCGGCAUUUCUCGCAGGCGGCGUCGAGAGCUGCCAACCGAACGGCGCCCGGUCCGUUCGAUUCCUCGAGGGUCGUCGUUCCACGCGCCUGCGGGGCACCCGAGCGCCUAUCUUCUGGCUCAUGGACGCGUGUUCUGGCAAGGCGACCGCAUUGAGGCGAACAAUGAAGUACCAGUAUUCAAUCCUCUGCUGCGCCAAGAAAGGCCGGACAUCAUUCUUCAGUGUGACAGCAAUGCCCUCAAAGCGCACUUUUCCCUCGUCUGCGCUGACGUCGUCAAUGACACUGUCAAUGACAUUCAGGGGUCAAAGGCCUCUGAUGGAAGAAACGGUGAUUCGAAGACCGACCGGAACAUCCACCGGGUGUUCGGGAAUCCCAUACGAACCGUCUUCGAGGUAUCAGGUGUUCGAAGUUUCAGCGCUGUCACCUGCAACCACGUUGUCACUGCCAUCGUGAACGUCUUCCUAGUGUCUACAGCCUACGGCAGACGACGCGGAGCAUCAGAGGUCGACCGGGAAAUCCAUCAGCCGUCCAGCAUUGAGGCAGGAGCCACUGUUGAAACUGCCGACGCUUGCGCAUUCGUCGCCACCCGAGUACACCCCGCCCUCGCCUGCGACAAUCGCGGCGUCAUUGCCGCCAUCGACGUCUUCUGGAUGCCCACAGGCUGCGGCAGACGACGCACAGGACCAGACGUCAAUCCAGACGUAAAUCCAGACGUCCACCAACCCCUCAGGAUUGGAGCACAAACCACCUUCGCGCCUACCGACGUUCGGGCAUGCGUCGCCGAACAACCCUACCUCGCUCACGUCUGGGACCACGCCUUCUGCACCAUCGUCGACGCAUCAAAGGGCUGCGACAGACGACGGUACGAAACUUCGGCGACUGAGCGGUACGUCCACCUCUCCGCCAAGAUUGGCGCCCAAAUCGCCUUCGGGACCGCGGACCUCGAUUUCGUCGAAGUCUUCCGGAUCUCGGCGUGUCGGCGACGCAGAACUCGCCCUGCAUGCACUCUGCAUGGAGUCCCGUCAAGGCGUCCCAGCCACUUCGCGAGCUCGCCAGCUGCAGCUCUCGCCAGCUGCAGCAGUUUUCCUGCGCCAUCCUGGACCUUCGGCUGUACCCCUGUCGAGGCGUGGUCGCCGUCUGCGAGAACCCCGUGCGCAGACGCCGUGCAUGAGGCGGUGCGAAGAGGCAUUGCUGAGAGGCUCAUUCGUACCAGUCCAACGCAUAUGGCCGCCUUCAGCAGGGUCGCAACGGCCCCGUGUCGCCCAGUUACGACUGGGCCGAGCGGUGGCUCGGGUCAGAGGAGCUGGAGGAGCGCUGAAGCCUUGCAGGCUCCGAGGAGACCACGGAGGCACCCGUGAAAGGUCUCGCCCUCGGAUGCCUUCAGGGCUACGACACCUUUGUCGCGCACUUAGACAGCGCAAGUUCGGCGGCAGAGGCGGCAGGACCGCGGCUGGCUCUGGUGUCGUGGAGGGGACGACGAGGCGGACGCGGUCUCAGCGGCCGAAACCGCGCCGUACGGCUGAGCGGCCGGCGUGUCGUCGGCCUCGCAACCCCGCACCGUGCCCCAGGAGGAGGCCGAAGUCACGGCAGCCACCGCGCAGCCACCGCCGACUCCUAAAGCAUUCGAAGGCUUCCAGCGGCGGAACGCCCUCUACCGGGCUCUGGUGCGGUAUUCUACGGUGUGCCGCAUCGUGCCCGCCAGGACCACGUGACCGGGACGCCGCCCGCGUCCGCCGCCGCCGUGCUGUGGCAUCCCGAGCAGCAACGGUCACGGCGACUGGGCGCGGAUGCUGGAACGUUUGAUGGAUGUUCGCGUGUUGUGUAGUGUAUCGUUUCCUCGAUAAACGACGUUUGAUUGCGAA